CACGCCUUUUUAAGUUUUUAAACAAAAGAUUGCGACGCUUUCUUACCGGAGCAGGCGCAUUUUAAGGACCUGAAAACGCUGUCUUCCCCUUUUCCAUGCUUUCCGGUUCAACUGAAAACGCUGCGUUUCAAGGACCUGAGGGAGGGAGGUAGCUCAGGUAGGAGAGCAGGAGUGAAUUCAGUUCGUACUGCGAAAUACAGGAGAAUCAUUCACAUAUAUUACUUUGAAGCAAGAGAUGGCGACACUGAAUGAUAUCGCAGUUGCAGCAGCUAUCAAUAUUCUCACUGCAUUUGCUUUCUUUUUGGCGUUUGCCAUACUUCGAAUUCAACCUGUCAAUGAUAGGGUCUACUUUCCAAAAUGGUAUCUUAAAGGGUUAAGGUGUAGUCCGUUUGGCGGAGUAAGCAAGUUUGUGAAUCUGGACUUCAGAUCGUAUGCGAAAUUCUUGAAUUGGAUGCCUGCUGCAUUACAAAUGCCAGAACCUGAGCUAGUUGACCAUGCAGGGUUGGACUCUGCGGUUUACUUGAGGAUCUACUUGACAGGGCUAAAAAUUUUUGUUCCCAUCGCAUUCCUAGCCUAUGCAGUCAUGGUUCCAGUCAAUUGGACUAAUAGCACCCUAAAGAAUUCAACUGUGGUAUACAGCAACAUAGAUGAGCUCUCCAUCUCAAAUGUUCCUCUUGGAUCUCAUAGAUUUUGGACUCAUUUAGUAAUGGCCUAUGCUUUUACAAUUUGGACAUGCUACAUAUUGAAAACAGAGUACGAGAAGGUUGCAACAAUGAGGUUGCAUUUUCUUGCAUCAGAACGGCGGCGCCCUGAUCAGUUCACAGUACUGGUUAGAAAUGUGCCACCAGAUCCUGAUGAAACAGUUAGUCAGCUCGUGGAACAUUUUUUUCUGGUCAACCAUCCAGACCACUAUCUCACUCAUCAGGUUGUUUACAAUGCAAGUAAACUUUCUGAAUUAGUCAAUGAGAAGAAGAAAAUUCAGAAUUGGCUUGACUACUAUCAACUUAAAUUUUCUAGAAAUUCAUCUAAAAGACCGUCGAAGAAGACUGGAUUUCUUGGUCUUUGGGGUAAACGGGUGGAUGCAAUUGAUUUUUAUACAUCUGAGACUGAGAGGCUAUCAAAAGAAAUAUCCUUGGAGAGAGAUAAGAUUACAAGUAGCCCUAAAUCUAUCAUGCCAGCAGCUUUUGUUUCCUUCAGAACUCGAUGGGGUGCCGCUGUUUGUGCACAAACUCAACAAUCCAGAAACCCAACUAUAUGGUUGACUGAGUGGGCUCCAGAACCCCGUGAUGUUUAUUGGGAUAACUUGGCUAUCCCCUAUGUUACAUUGACAAUUAGGAGGCUUGUAGCUGCCGUUGCUUUCUUCUUCCUCACCUUCUUUUUUAUGAUCCCCAUUGCAUUUGUACAGUCCCUUGCAAACAUUGAGGGUAUUGAGAAAGCAGCCCCCUUCCUAAAGCCCAUUAUUGAAGUGAAAUUCAUAAAAUCAUUUAUCCAAGGUUUCCUGCCUGGAAUUGCUUUGAAGAUUUUUCUUAUAUUCCUUCCCUCUAUAUUGAUGGUAAUGUCCAAAUUUGAAGGUUUCAGUAGCGUAUCAGCUCUAGAGAGGAGAUCGGCUACUAGAUAUUAUAUUUUCCAAUUUGUCAAUGUAUUUCUUGGGAGCAUAAUCACUGGAACUGCAUUUCAACAACUAGAUGAAUUCAUUCACCAAUCUGCCAAUGAGAUCCCGAAGACAAUUGGUGUUUCAAUUCCAAUGAAGGCAACCUUCUUUAUCACUUAUAUAAUGGUUGAUGGGUGGGCCGGAAUUGCUGGGGAGAUUCUAAGGUUGAAACCCUUGAUUAUAUAUCACCUGAAGAAUUUCUUCUUGGUGAAGACUGAAAAGGAUAGGGAAGAGGCCAUGGAUCCCGGAACCCUUGGUUUCAACACCGGUGAACCUCAAAUACAACUAUAUUUCUUACUUGGCCUUGUUUAUGCUGUGGUGUCACCAAUCCUACUUCCGUUCAUAAUAGUAUUCUUUGCCCUGGCAUAUGUUGUUUAUCGUCAUCAGAUUAUAAACGUCUAUAAUCAAGAGUAUGAAAGUGCUGCGGCAUUCUGGCCUGAUGUCCACGGGCGCAUCAUAACGGCACUAAUUGUCUCACAACUGCUGCUGAUGGGAUUGUUAAGCACAAAAGAAGCUGCUCAGUCAACUCCACUGCUCAUCACACUCCCAGUGUUGACCAUAUGGUUCCAUAGAUUCUGCAAAGGCCGUUACGAACCUGCUUUCAUCAGACAUCCCUUGCAGGAAGCAAUGAUGAAGGAUACAUUAGAACACACAAGAGAGCCUAAUCUGAACAUGAAAGGCUUCCUUCAAAAUGCGUACAUCCACCCAGUUUUCAAGGGUGAAGAUGACAGCGAGAACAAGGCACCUGCCCAGGAAUUUGAGAAGGAACCCGCAGUUGUCCUAACAAAACGCAGUUCUCGAAGGAAUACAAAAAUGCCCAGCAAAUAUAGCGGUUCUUCAUCAGCAUCCAUACCCAAGGACGAUACUCAGAAGAUGAUCCCUUGAGAGUGUGUUGUAACUCUUUGUUUAGUUAGCUGUACAUUUUUGGCUUCGGAGGUUGCAAAGGAAUUGUAUAGAGAGUUAUUCGGAUCUUCAUUUUGUAGAGAAAAACAAUCAAGGAAGAAGAAAAAAAAGGCCUUUCGGUUUUAGAUUUGAUUUCGGAUUCGAACAAAAUACGACUAUUCUGCGGGUGUAGUGGUAAGUAUUCUUAUUCAGUUCAAUCCCGUCGAA